CUACGUCAUAAGUAACAUCCGGGGUUGUUUGGCGGUUUGUCACGUGUCUACCUCGUUUCCAUCCUUUCCAAACCGACUCGUGGGUUUGCCGGUAGUGACUCCUCUCCUCUGAUAUUGAACAACAGCGAAAAGAAAUCGAGAUGUCAAAGAAACUUGGAUUCGCAGAAAAUUUCGCCCUCAGUGGUGCAGCAGCUGUCAUUUCCAAGACAGCUGCCGCCCCAAUUGAGAGGAUCAAGCUGCUUGUUCAAAAUCAGGAGGAAAUGUUGAAGACUGGUCGCUUGGCGGAGCCAUACAAAGGUGUCAUCGACUGCACUGUCAAGACAUACAAGAAUGAAGGUUUCCUGCCCUUCUGGAGAGGAAACUUGGCCAACUGUAUCAGAUACUUCCCAACACAAGCUCUAAAUUUUGCAUUCAAAGACAAGAUCAAGAUUUUGUUCAAAGCCUCCAAAUCUGAUGCAUAUGCAUUACAAUUCGGAAAGAACAUUGCAUCUGGUGGUGUUGCUGGAGCUAUGUCCCUCUGCUUUGUGUAUUCCCUUGACUACGCCCGUACUCGUCUAGCCAAUGAUGCAAAAUCUGGAAAGAAAGGCGGUGAGCGCCAAUUCAAUGGACUCGUUGAUGUAUACAAGAAGACCUUGAAAAGUGAUGGAAUUGGGGGUCUGUACAGAGGUUUCCUCAUCUCUUGUGUUGGUAUUGUAGUAUACAGAGGAUGCUACUUUGGAUUCUACGACAGUCUGAAACCAAUUGUUCUUGGAGAUGGGGCUGGAGUAUUUGCUUCUUUCUGUCUUGGUUAUGUGGUCACCGUCACCUCUGGCCUGAUCUCGUACCCCAUUGAUACAAUCAGAAGGAGAAUGAUGAUGACAUCCGGUGAGGCUGUAAAAUACAAUGGCUCAAUUGAUUGUGCCAAGACCAUCCUGAAGAAUGAGGGAUUCAUGUCCAUGAUGAAGGGUGCUGGAGCAAACAUCCUCAGAGGAGUUGCUGGUGCAGGUGUACUGUCUGGUUUUGACAAAUUCCAGUCACUUUAUAUCCAAUGGCGUCUUGGUGAUAAUUAAUUUAAAUAUUAGGACUAGAAACACAUUGAAACUUUUUUUCACAGUGAAAUCUUAAGAAGAAAAGACUGUUUUAGACACCCAAGAUUUUCCAAAAAUGUAUAUUUGUAUUUAUAGUGCCGUUUGGAUUUGAUAACAACUGAGUGUGAUAUUGUUGAUUGGUUACUAGAUACAUUCAUAAUAAAUACAUGUAACUAUGUUGGAGCAGUGGACCUCAUAAAAUGUGAUUGUUUGAUAAUGAUCAAAAACUCUA